AUGUUAUCAUCACUUGUAAAAGAACACCAAGCAAAACAAGCAGCUAAAAGGGUCAUACAAGAACAAAAGCGUAAAGAAUGUAUAGUUGCAGCUAAUGAUUUAACACAAGCACUAGUGGACCACCUUAAUGUUGGUGUAGCACAAGCAUACUUAAACCAAAAGAAACUAGAUGCUGAAGCUAAACUCUUACAUCAGGGAGCUAUUAAUUUUGCUAAGUUAACACAGCAAUGGCUAACUCUUGUUGAGAACUUCAGUAGUGCACUUAAGGAGAUUGGAGAUGUUGAGAAUUGGGCACGGAGCAUUGAGAAUGAUAUGAAGAUUAUUACGGACACAUUAGAAAGGGCUUAUGAGACAACACGAGAACAACCAAGCAAUACUGGAAGUAGUAAUAACUAA